AUGGAGAACGAUCCCUCAGUUGGUAGUUUUAUUCCAGCGAUGUAUGACAUUUUGAAAUGCUUAGAAAAAGAGCCCCAUGAUUUAACAGUAAAGAUAAACGAAUUGAAAUCCCAACUACAGAAAACUCGCGAGAUGGUUGAGCAGCUACAAGGGGUCGAUCUUUCAAAAGAUCUCCAACUUAGACAAAUGGAAAUCCUGAGACAGCAACUCAAUGCCAAAACUGACCUCUUGCGAAAAUAUAAGAAUAGCUGUUAUUUUGAUGUUCCGAAAUGA